GUCAGUAUUCAUAUUUUAUCACCUGGCAAGUGAGUGAUCCUGCACCUACAACUUUAGGCGUUAUUAAUAUACGUAACGCAGACAACAAUAAAGUCAUCGUAAUAGACGAUAGAGCAAAUCUUACCAAUCCUACUCACAAUAAAGCAUGGAUAGUUAACGUUGUACCCGGUUCCUAUUUCUUUGAGAUCUAUGAUGAUAGCACUAUUGCAAACUCUAGUACAUUCCAAGUUAUUGAUCGCAACUCUUCUUGCCCCUACG